AUGAGCUCCUAUUUUGUCAACUCCCUCUUCUCCAAGUACAAAACCGGGGACUCUUUGCGCCCCAACUUCUACGACUGUGGGUUCGCCCAGGAGCUCGGAGGGAGACCGACGGUGGUGUACGGGCCAAGCACCGGGGGCACCUUCCAGCACCCCACCCAGAUCCAGGAGUUCUACCACGGGGCAUCUUCUCUUUCCAGUUCCCCUUACCAACAGAAUCCCUGCGCCGUAGCAUGCCACGGGGACCCCGGCAACUUCUAUGGCUAUGACCCGUUGCAAAGACAAAGCAUCUUCAGCGCCCAGGAGUCCGACCUGGUGCAGUAUCCGGACUGCAAGCUCGCCUCCACCGGCCUGGGAGAAGACGCGGACAAUUCCGAGCAGAGCCCGUCUCCCACACAGCUCUUCCCCUGGAUGAGACCGCAAGCAGCCGCCGGACGGAGGAGAGGCAGGCAGACGUACAGCCGCUACCAGACCCUGGAGCUGGAGAAGGAGUUCCUUUUUAAUCCUUACCUGACCCGAAAGCGGAGGAUCGAGGUGUCGCACGCUCUGGGACUAACCGAGAGGCAGGUGAAGAUCUGGUUUCAGAACCGGAGGAUGAAGUGGAAAAAGGAGAACAACAAGGAUAAGUUCCCGAGCAGCAAAUGCGAACAGGAAGAGUUGGAGAAGCAGAAAAUGGAAAGGGCGCAGGACGUGGAAGAGGGCGGAGAAGCACAGACGGGGGACAAGAAGUAG